AGCAUGAAAAAAAUAUAAAAUAUAGGGGUGAGUUAGUAAUCACCAAAAUACAAUAGUGGCCAGAAUACUGUCAAAAAAAGAAGGCCCAGCCCAACAAGUAGGAGGCUGUUAAUUUCGCAAUAAAUAAUGAGGAAAAAAACCUGUCAAAGUAGUAAAAAAUUUCAAAGGCAAAAAAACAAGAACCCGCCAAAAAGAAAGAAAGUAAUAGUAGCUGCUAAUAAUCUUGGCGUUCUUUAUUGUGUGUAAAGAAAUCUUGAAAAUGAGGUCCUUUUUUCCUUUCCGUGCGGUGUGUAUUGUGGUGCUGCUUCUCGUAACUAACACCGUAACGGUGGUCAAAUGCAUACCAAACAGAGAAUUAGAUUCAAUGCUUAGCACCCUACGAGCGAGAGGCUACGACCUCUUCUGCAACGCAAUCGUAACCUCUGAUCUCCGCAUCGAUCUUCUCUCUUUCGACGAUGCAAAUUCAAACUAUACACACUCCUUCACUUUCUUCGCUCCCACAGAUUCUUCCCUCUUCGCACUCGACAUGACUCAAACGGCGUCGUCGUAUACUGAUACUCUUCGUUACCACAUUAUCCCUCGCCGUCUCUCUCUUGCAGAGCUUCGUCUUCUUCCUAACGGUUACACGCUCCCUACUUUGCUCUCCACGCGCCGGGUUCCUGUCACGCGCCGCACUGGUUCCUCUGUUACUACUGUCGGCGGUGUUGACCUUGCUUUUCCUGGACUCUUUUAUGGACGCCACGUCGCCGUUCAUGGUCUUUCUGGAAUUCUUACCCUUCGAUUAAAUAAUCCUACAUCUCCAGCGCCGGCGCCGGUGCCUCCUCCGGUUCGUUCAACAGAUCACCGUCAUUUCAAUCCAAAAAUUCCGCACUCGCCGGAAAAUCAAACGAUUCUUGAUUCGGUUCCUAAAUCGGGUUCAUUCAACUUCACAGGCAAUCGAGGCUCUCGUUAUCCGAUGGAGACUCCGGGACCGGCACCGGGACCGGCGAUUGUGCCGGAAACUGGAGGAGCUCCCGUUCAUUUCCCGGUCAAUUUCAGCGAUGCUCCUUUUAUUGCGCCGGUUUCGCCUCCAAGAGAGCCUGAAUCAGCGAUAUCUUUUCCGCCGGAGGGAUAUUCUGAUGCGGAGGCUCCUGCGCCUUCGGGUUUGGAACCAAUGGUGCAGAAGAAUGGUAGAGUUUCGUUGAUGGAAAUGUUGGAGAAAUAUGAAGCGUUAGAUGGAGUAACGAAGUGUGAGAUUGUAGCCGUUGGAUUGAAAGAGCGCAUAAGUGAUGAUAGUAUCGGUCACAUGCAGUGCUAUGCAGCACAAGCUAGAUAGCUCGUGUUGGUUUUGAUGAAAAGAGUUCGAAUUUUGUGUUUUUUUUCUUCUUCAUUUCGUGUAAUAUUUGAAGUUCGAAAUUUCAUUGGAAAAUGCCAAUAGUUAUUAGUUGUUAGAUAGUAUCACCCCAAAAUCCUGAAAUAUGUACAAACUAAAACUUGUCAAAUGCUAAUAAUGUACUUAUGGUAUAUGCAUUUUCUUUCUAGUUUA